AUGAAGCCUGCGAUUGCCAUUCCGGCGACCCUAGCACUGGUCUACCGUGCUUAUUCCAAGAAGUCGUUGACACCUGCUGGCAUCGUCGCAGCGACUUUGACGGCCAUUGCUCAUGCAGUAAAGGAGGAUGUCAAGGCAAAAUUGACGAUGCCCUCAAAGGGCACAGCCGGCGGUGAAGGGCCGCGAACCCACGUUCAAGUGUUUGCCAAUUCGAUUGUCGCCUCCGUCUUGAGCCUCCUACACGCAUAUCAACUCCACCAACGCAAGCAAGCUAUCGUCGAACGACAAGAACUGCCCUCCGGCUCCUUUUGCUAUUCUUGGGGCGGCGAUCUGCUUGUCAUUGGCAUCAUUGCGAACUAUGCAUGCGUAGCCGCCGAUACGUUCUCCUCGGAGCUUGGUAUCCUAGCGAAGGGCUACCCUCGCCUGAUCACAUCCCCCACAUUACGAAAGGUGCCUCCCGGAACCAACGGCGGCGUCACGUUGACGGGCUUAGCUGCCGGCUUGCUGGGUAGCAUGAUUCUUGUCGUGUCGGCCGUCUUGUUUCUGCCCCUAUGCAACGAGCAGACAGCGGGGAAGGUGGCCGGUGGUAGCCCGUGGACACAGCAGCAGCGAAAUGUGCUGAUGAUUGGACUCACAUUGUGGGGUGCUCUGGGAAGCUUGGUAGAUAGCUUCCUCGGCGGCAUGUUCCAGCGCAGUGUGAAGGACGUGCGAAGCGGAAAGAUCGUAGAAGGCGAAGGCGGUGUCCGCGUCUUGGUCUCGUCACCGCCUGCAAGCGCCGGUGUCAGUUCUAGUAAUGCUGAGCAUCAUGCGAGAAGAGCGGAGAUCAAGGCAGCCUUACUGGGUGGAGAGGGCAAGAACGCUGUAGAAAAGACCGACGCCACUGUGUUCGAAGACCAUGACACUGAUAAGUACAGUGCCAAGGAUAAGCAUAGGAAGCCAAGUUUUGGCGACGAGAAGCCCACUAGGAUCGUGGAGAGUGGAUGGGAUUUGCUGGACAAUAACGACGUGAACUUCUUGAUGGCUUUCAGUAUGAGCAUGGGCGCGAUGGGAGUUGCGGCAUGGUAUUGGGGUAUCGCCCCUGAGAGCAUCCUUGCUCUUUGA